AACUAAUGAGCUCAACCGAGGACACGGCCUUUUCCAACCAAAAGAACCCCUGGGGUGAGCGAGCGAGCAACGGCCAUUCAGCCAUGGCUGCCAAUAGCUUCAGAUUACCGACCUUGCUAAGAAGAGCUUCUCAUGCUUUUAAACCCACUCCUUCCCUGCAUUCAAAUCAGAAUCUCUCUUCCUAUUGCACCCUCUUGUCUCCUCCUCUCCCUACUCCUUUGGUUUCCUCAGGAAUAUGCCACAUACCACAAGCUAUAAAGGGGGACGUUGAUGUCUUACUCAAUGGAGUGGCAGACAAAAACACUGUUGAAGAAGUGAAGCAUAUUCUAGAAAUGGCUAGACGAGCAUCUUCAAGAAGAGAAGUUGUCCACACAAAUUUUCUCACCCCUCCAGUGAUGAAGGAGUCAAUGCUAGCAUUGGAAAACCUUGCUGAUGUGGAAGCAAUUGCUCAGGGUGGAUAUCCACAGGCUGAACGCUGCCGGAUUUCCAUUGGACAACCAGAACUACUAACAAGUGAUCCAGACAUAGUGGCAGCAUUGAGUAUCACAGGAAACUUUGGGUUUCAAUCUUAUUCUCAUGGUGACUUCCUUGGCUCAAUUCUUGGUACAGGGAUUUCUAGAGAUAGGCUUGGUGAUAUACUAUUGCAGGGGGAGAGGGGAGCUCAGAUAAUUAUUGACCCGGAACUUGUUGAUUUUCUUAUAUCAGCACUUGAUAAGGCAAUGUCACUCCCUAAGAAAGACUUAUAUGUUGUACUAAAUAUAUUAAGGGUUGGUAGAGUUCCGGUAUCUUGUACAAAGAUACCAUUAGAAGCUAUUGAGUACGAACCACCAAGUACCAAGUCAUUCAAAACCAUAGAGGCGUCACUAAGGCUGGAUGCUCUUGCUAGUGCAGGAUUUAAAAUGUCACGGUCAAAACUUGUUGACCUAAUCAGUAACGGGGAUGUGCGUGUCAACUGGUCCCCUAAUACAAAAAAUGGAACAACACUCAAGACUGGUGAUGUUGUCUCAGUAAGUGGGAAAGGAAGACUAAAGAUCGGAGAAAUUAAUUCUACAAAGAAGGGAAAGUUUGCUGUUGAGCUCAUUCGUUAUCUCUAAGCCUCCUUCGUUCAGAUUUGGCAAGUGUGACUGUGUGAGAUCAUAUUCAUCGUAUAAUUCUUUCCUAUAUGUCGUGUUGCAAAUGUAAAGGUCAGUAGAAAUCAUGUCAAAAGUUGACAAUCAUUUUCAAGGUCUAGUCUCAACCUCAUCCUUUGAGCAAAAAGAACCGGAGAGACAGGUGAUUCUUUAUAGAAAUGUUACAUGGACUUUUGUAUAUUGUGUUAUGAUUUUUUGUAAUUUAUGAUUCUAAUGUUCUUUACAAAAUAUGCUAAUUUAAAUUGUCUUAUCA